AUGGGAGACGGGAGCUGGGUGUGUCUGAGCCCAGCGGAGUUCAACCAGCUGCAGCAGUACAGCGAGUACUCAAGCAAGAAGCUGAAGGACGUUCUGGACGAGUUCCACGGUGACGGAGUUCUUUCCAAAUACAACCCAGAGCACAAGCAAGACGUUCUCAGCCAACCCAUCGACUAUGAGGGCUUCCAGCUCUUCAUGGCCACCUACCUGGAGAACGACAUCCCAGAGGAGCUGUGUCAGCACCUCUUCACCUCCUUCAAGAGAAAGACGGGAGGCUGCUCCCCCGAUCCCACUCGAGCCGGCACCAGCUUACUGGAGGCCUGUUCCAUCGACGCAGGCAUCUCUCUUCACACCGAAGUGGCCUGUGCUCCCAUCACAGGUAUGAACGGGAAAAGCAUCCUGUGUGCGAUGGGCCGCCACACGCCCGAGCAUUCCGGCCUGGUGAGCACCACCGGCUCGGGCGCCACCACCUCGCCGUGUUCCUCCCGCUCCUCCUCGCAGCGUUCAGGGGCCGGGGGCCACACGUCCGGGGGCCACACGUCCGGGGGCCACACGUCCGGGGGCCACACGCCCGGCGGCCCCCAGCGAUCGCCCUGCGGCCAUGUGAAGGCCCCGGAGGGCAGCAGCAGCAACGUCCUGACGCCCAACGCUGGAGCCGCCAGGUCGCCAGUGUCCCCCAAACUAUCACCAGAGAGGAGUCACUCUGAGAAGCUCUUCUCUCUGCGGAGGAGCCCCUCACCCCAGACCGGCUCCGCCUCCCUGCCGUCCCCCCAGGUGGUCUUCCUCAAGGACAUCGUCUGCUACCUGUCUCUGCUGGAGAGGGGGACGCCGGAGGACAAGCUGGAGUUCAUGUUCCGGCUGUACGACACCGACGGCAACGGGGUCCUGGACAGCUCGGAGUUGGAUCGCAUCAUCAAUCAGAUGGUGCAUGUGGCCGAAUAUCUGGAGUGGGAUUCAAUGGAGCUGCGACCGAUUCUGAAGGAGAUGAUGGAAGAAAUCGACUACGACCGAGACGGGACGGUGACGCUGGAGGAGUGGAUCCGAGGAGGCCUCACCACCAUCCCUCUACUGGUCCUGCUGGGCAUGGAUACGAACGUGCAGGAGGACGGGCAGCACGUCUGGCGUCUGAAGCACUUCAACAAGCCGGCGUACUGUAACUACUGCCACACCAUGCUGCUGGGGGUCCGCAAGCAGGGUCUCUGCUGCUCCUUAUGCAAGUACACGGUGCACGAGCGCUGCGUGUCCAAGGACAUCGCCGCCUGCAUCAGCACCUACGCCAAGUCUCGCCGAAACACCAACGCUAUGCAGCACGUGUGGAUGGAGGGAAACUCGCCCACAAAGUGUGACCGCUGUCACCGGAGCAUCAAGUGUUACCAGGGCCUGACGGGCCUGCACUGCGUCUGGUGUCAGAUCACUCUCCAUAAUAAGUGUGCGUCUAAUGUGAAGCCCGAGUGUGAUGGAGGAGGCCUGAGGGACCACACGCUGCUGCCCUCCUACAUCUGCCCGGUCGUCUUGGACCGUCACUCUGUGGUGAAGCGUGGCGAGGGCGAGUCUCCGCCCAGCACCAGCCCCGACGACACCAACCAGACGUUCAAAUUCUCCCCCGGCGACGGACAGCCGCUGCAGGUCACUCCUCUCCCAGGGACACACCCGCUCCUCGUCCUCGUCAACCCAAAGAGCGGCGGGCGGCAGGGGGAGCGGGUGCUGAGGAAGUUCAGGUACCUGCUGAACCCCCGGCAGGUUUACAGUCUGGAGCGAGAGGGUCCGAUGGUCGGGCUGAACUUUUUCCACGAUGUCCCUGACUUCCGGGUGCUGGCCUGUGGAGGUGACGGCACCGUGGGCUGGAUCCUCGACUGCAUAGACAAAGCCAACUUCGCCAGGCACCCCCCGGUGGCCAUCCUCCCUCUGGGCACCGGCAACGACCUGGCUCGCUGCCUCCGCUGGGGAGGAGGUUACGAAGGCGGCAGUUUGCUGAAGUUCCUGCGGGACAUCGAACACAGCACCGACAUGGUGCUGGACCGCUGGAACAUCGAUAUCGUCCCCGACGACAAGGAGGAGAAGGGAGACCCCGUCCCCUACAGCAUCGUCAACAACUACUUCUCUAUCGGCGUGGACGCCUCCAUCGCUCACCGCUUCCAUCUGAGUCGGGAGAAGCACCCGGAGAAGUUCAACAGCAGGAUGAAGAACAAGCUGUGGUACUUUGAGUUCGGCACCACCGAGACCAUCUCUGCCACCUGCAAGAAGCUGAACGAGGGCAUAGAAGUGGAGUGCGACGGGAUCAUCCUGGACCUCAGCAACACCUCCUUAGAGGGCAUCGCCGUGCUCAACAUUCCCAGCAUGCACGGCGGCUCCAACCUGUGGGGCGAGACGAAGAAGAGGAGGCACUACAACCGCAUGAGCAAGAAGGUUCCUGAGCGGACGCCGUCCAGCACCGUCACCGACGCCAAGGAGCUGAAGUUCUGCAUGCAAGACUUCAGCGACCAGCUGCUGGAGGUGGUCGGCCUGGAGGGGGCGAUCGAGAUGGGACAGAUCUACACGGGCCUGAAGAGCGCCGGACGCCGACUGGCUCAGUGCGCCAGCGUCACCAUCAGGACGUCCCGGCGGCUGCCCAUGCAGAUUGAUGGCGAGCCCUGGAUGCAGCCGCCCUGCACGAUCAGGAUCACACACAAGAACCAGGUUCCCAUUCUACUGGGCCCGCCGCAGAAGACGCCGUUCUUCUUCUUCAAGAAACGCCGCGACUAG